AUGCGUUUCGCUACUUCUGUUGCUACCCUCAUUGCCUCCGCGGCUCUCUCCACCGCUGCCAGCGUUUCCUUCUGGACCCUGGACAACACUCAGCGCACCAUCUACUUCACCAGCAACCCUGGCAGCUCCAACAUUGACUCCGUCACCACCGCCCCCGGCAAGAACACCACCGUCACUUUCCCUGACACUUGGCAGGGCAACUGGUACGCCGUCAAGGACGGCUCUUCCAACAUCCCCGGCAUGCUCGGCGAGGUCAACUUCGGUAGCUGGAAGGGCCUGACCUACUUCGACGUCUCUGCCAUUGUCGACCCCAACGACAAGGACAACGUCAAGCAGAUCUUCCCUGCUGCCAGCCACGAGCCCAUGUCCGGCUGCGAGGCUUUCCCUUGUAACGACGCCUACUACCUGCCUGAUGACAUCCAGACCAAGGCUACUAUGGAGUCUGACCUCGUCUGCACCUUGGGCUCUGGCUCCACCGGCUACAGCUUCACUGAGGCUCAGUAA